AUGCUGAAGUUCUCAUUUAGAGGAGAAGAGGAAAAGAAAGAAAGUGCAGUUGGGGUGUACAGACUGCUGGUGUCUCUUGUGGGGCGCCACAAAAGCAAAGGGCCUCUUGUGCCUCCGCAGAAGUUUCAAGUUGAAGAAAAUUCGGAAGAAAGGGCAGAAGGCGCCAUGGACACCGACGGUGCAGCAGAAGCAGCAGAAGGGAAAGACGCAGCAGCAGAAGGAGAGCAGAAGGAGGCUGCUGCAGCAGCAGACGCAGCAGCAGACGCAACAGCAGACGCAGCAGCAGGAGACGCAGCAGCAGCAGGAGCAGUGAACGGCAGCAACUCGCCGGCAGCAGCGGAAACGUUGGACGGAGAAGCUGCGGACUCAACAGCAGCAGCAGGCAGCGCAGCAGCAGCAGCAGCAGCAGAAGAUGAUACAGUGAUGGAAGAAGAAAGCGAAAAGGGAGAACAAAGGGGGCCCCCCCGAGUUGUGGACACUUCCAUUCUUGAGACCUGCUGUCGAGACACCUCGGGGGCCCCCUGGACCCCCGAGGAGGCCCUGAAGUUGUUUGUGUUUUGUCUUCUUUCUUUCGGAAGCAAAACACAAACUCAUUUAAAUAGAAUUCUUUCGAAUUAUUUGCAAACUUUUAUUUGUUUUGCAAACCAAAGUGAAGAUCCGGCGGAGGCGCGCGAGCCCGAGGUGGACAUACACCCCGCGGUGCUGCAGGCGGUGCAGAAGUUCUGGAGCACAUCUCAGCAGCGGACUGCACUCACUUUGCAUGCGUUUCUGAAAUCCGGAAUUCUCCAAAGAGCCCGAGUGCUGCAGGAGUUGUGCGCGGCGGACGCAAACAUCCGCGACUCCUGGGGGCAGCUCGAGUUGGUUGAAACAGUUCUUAGAGGCGCCCUGGACGAGUGCGAAAAUGCGAGAGAAGAAGCUGCAGCAGCAUCGGCGCCAAUGCCAACCAACACCGAAGCAGAACAGUUGUUGCACUUUUUAAUGGUCCAUUUAAUUGAAGAUCUAAUUAAGGAGACUUCGCCUGCGCGAAGUCGCUUUCUGUUUCUGCGCUGCAUCUUCUUCGGACGCAAAUAUGCAGAAUUUAUUAAUUUGCAAAAACUGAAAGAAGAGGUGGAGAUGGUGCUGAGCGGCAUCGAAGAUCGGCGGGUUUCGAAUUUGCUGAUAGUGAUUGGACAAGUGCAGAAGCAUUACUGCAGCACUUACAAAGAAUGGCAAAUGAAAACAAAUUCAGAAACUUGA